AUGAAAAAAGGCGGUAAGUCUAUAUUUUCAAUCAAGUUCCGUUUAAAUAAUAAUGUAAAUCAUGAAUGUUUGGCGGCAAAAAAUGAAUGCUGGCCGGAAGAAAACUAAUUUAAAAUUCAUUGAGAGAACAGCUAAAUAGUCUCAUUUGUUGUUCGAAAAGUCAAAUCAAAACGUUCUCGAGAAAAUUAGUGAUUUAUGGUAGAAAAUUGUAAAUAGGGUCCUAUAUAAAAUCUCUCCGAAACCCCUCUAAAAUAGUGCCAUCUGCUAAUUUCUUUUUUCCAAUCUCUCCGUCUCUUUUCUCUCACUCUUCCCCCUCUAAUUUACAUAUGCAAACCAUUAGACAACACAAAAACACCGUGCGCACGCGUUGUUUUUUGACAUUUCGAAUUUUUUUGUUUAAUUAAUUAAAAUCCCUUCCGGUUCCUGUUUAAAAAUGUUGAUAAAUUUUUUUGUGACAAACGAACUUCUUUUAUCUCAACAACUCAUCUUGAGACUAAAUACUUACAUAAGAGAUUUUUUGGUAAAUAAUAGCAGUCAAAAUCGAUUUUUUGUUGUGUUGUGUUGCCUCUUUUUUUUUAUUUUUGGGUUCGAAACACCUGCUGCCAUUACUCGAAAUCGCAUAAAAUUAUUCACAAAUUUCGCAUAAUUUUAUGUGAUUUUUCUUCGGGUUUUCUAACUAAAAAAAGGUGUGGUUGUAUAGUUUCGUUUUCUAAUAGAAACUUUUUCUUUGAAGAAAAAAAGUGAAAAGUUUUACUUUUCUUGAUGGGGAGGUAGGAUUAUUUCGAGAAAAUUGUACUUUUUGAAUCAUAUAUUUUUUCGUGUCAGAAAAACAUUAUUUCGGCUAGAAUUUCUAUGCGAAGUUGCCGCGUCUAGAAAUUUAAAUAGUCAAGGAUCAGAGCCUAGAGAGCCCAUUUCUCAAGUAGCCGCGCCUUGAUCUGAUUUUAUCUUCAAACAAAAAUUGACUGAUGAAAUCUGAAAGGAUUUUCAGAAGGGUGUGGUUCAAAAAUUCUGGAAUAAUUUUUUCACAAAGUUUUCACCCUCUCCCAAAAUAAGUUUUUUGACCUCGAUCUUUUUUUACAACUCUUCAUGUCAAUAUACUUUUUUUUAUGUCUUUUCAUCCCAUUUUUUUCAAAAAAUUUUCCUCCAAACAUUUUUUUUUUGUUUACAUUUCUUAUCUUUUAUAAAGAAGUGCAUACACUUUUUUGUUGUUUUUUUUUUUCAAAUUUCAAAAAACAUAGAGUUUUUAUUUUUCAGCUCAUGAAAUGCUCCGAUCUGAUUCCAAAUUUCUGAAAUUGAAACAAGAAAAGUGGGCAAGAGAGCGUGGUGAGUUGAGAUAAAUUAGAGAACAGAAAUUAGUACCUUUUUGAGUCAAGGUUAAUUGUUUUUUUCUGUUGUUUUUAUCAGCUGAUAGGAUCUUUUUGUACUAAAAAAAAAGAUUGUUUGAUAAAAAAGUACUGUGGAAUCUGAAUGAAAACUUUAGAAAUAAAAAAAAUUUGAAUAAUUUGGAAACAGAAAAAAACGUGACCUUUAAAUUUCGGAAAAUUUUCAAUGUUUCAAAAAAAAUUUGAACCACUCAGAGAUUCGCUGGCCAGCUCGCCACCAGAUCGCUGCGGCCACCUGGAAACCGCAUGGCCGCCAGGUCGCCUUGAGUUUUCCGGCGACGUGGCCUGUGUGUUUGAAAUCCUGGAAAGCUGGCGGAACGGUGGUUUGUACUCAAAACACUGCAUUUUCUACUGUUUUUUUCACUUCCUAAGCUUUCAAGUGCUGCGAAAAAACAGAAAAUGAGCCAAAUUUUUCGAAAAAGCCUCAAUUCACAAGUUUUCCAGACAUUUUCAUGAAAAUUAAUUUUGACGUGGCGAAGUGGCCACCACAUGGUAGCCAUGUGGCCGUGACCUAACCAGAGCCUGGCCACCUUGCCAGCAAAAAAAAACCAGGCGACAUGGUUUCCAUGUGGUUCCCAGGUCAGCCAGCCUCCCCACCUGGUGGCGAGCUGGCCAGCGAAUCUCUGAGCAUUUCUGAUUUUUUUGAAACUGUGAUUUUCGCUGAAAAAAUGUGAGUUUUGACGCUAAACCUACAGUAAUCUAAACUAAUUUUAAAGGUGAAAAUUUCUGGAGUUCUUUUAAAAAGUGAAAAUAUACUUCAGGCUUUUUUUAUCAGACUCAAAAAAUACAGUAAUCUCUAAAAGGUAUUGUCUGAAAAGAUCGUAUUUUCUCAAAAAAAUUAUAUAAUUUAAAUAAAAGCUCAAAACUACUCUAUCAUUUUUUUUAGCGGAGCAAGAAAAUACCACCGAAUGGUUCCCAUUUGGUUCGAAUCUUCGUCCUGGAGGCGGUUCUCCACUCCGUAAAUUUCACGCUAAAGAAUCCCCGAAUUUGGUGCCAAAAAGUCAACAAUAUUCGGACCCCGAAACUGAAACUGAUAACACACAAAAUCACGAGGAAGAAGCGGAGAUUUUGGAAAAUGAGGUAAUUUUCGAUUUUUUUUCUCUUUGCCCUCGAGGGGUCGCGAUUGUUGCGAUAAGAAAAUUUGAUAAUUUUUUCGACAAAAAUUGCAAUUUUCGGGGUAGAGCAGUUUUUCUUCUGAUGAACAUGUGUCUGACAGAUGUCUGUUCACUUUUUUCGAUUCGAGAACACAUUUCUAUAUAGUUUUUUUUAGAAAUAAUUUUACAUAAAUGUGUCUUCUUGAUAAAAACUAUAGUUUUUAUUAUUAAAAACUUCCGGUGUUUUUUAUUGCUCAUCGUUCUAUUUGUUCAUUCUCAAACGGAAAAUUGUAUAGAAUUUUUGAAUUUCGAAAAAUUUUCGAUGUUUUGGCGCGAAAUUUUGAAUGGUUUUAUUUAGAAGAAUGGAUGUUAGAUUUUUUUUAAAUCAAUUUUUGAAACAGAGAAAUUUUUGACAAAAUUGAUUAUAAAAAUUGUGGAGAAAAAUCUUCCAAAAAAAAUGUAUUUUUUGAAUUUUUCUAAGUCGCUUUUCCAAACUUCAAAAAAGUGUAUUGAAAAAUUUUUCGUCAAAAAUAAUUCAAACCUCUGCUUUUUUCUACAUUUCCAAUUUUUGUCUACAGUAAUCUUAUUAAUAGAGCGAACUUACUCGAAUUAUAUAAUAAUCCAAUAAGUUUUCGCUUUUCAAUUUCCCACACACAUCAUUUCUUCUUCUUCCUCUUCUUUUUUCAAUUGAACCUAAUCGCAUUUUGAUUUUUCGGAGAGAAAGAGAAGAACUGAAAAUUAAUCGGAUUAUUAAAAGUUUUCUGACUCCUAUUCAUUUUCUCGCCUACCACACACACAUACAAAAUUUUUAUCGAUUUUAUUCCUCUAAAAAUGAUAAAUCACAUGGAGUUGUUGUUUUUAUUUGUAUAAAAUCUUAUAUAGUUUUUUUUGUUGAAAUGCAAAAUAAAAAAUACUUUUUUUUCCAGAAAAUGACACUUCCCAACGAAGAACAUACUCAUCAUCCGCAAAUGGCACCAUUUUUGAUACCCGCCUAUUUUCCGCCUAAUUUUGAAUUCGGAGCACAGAGUUUUAUGAUGCCACCACAAUUUCACGCGGUUCCUUCACAUGCAAUCCCAGUUAGCACAAUUGUGAGUUUGUAUUUUACAAGAAAUUUUUUGAAACAUUUAAAAUUUUUUUUUGAAACAUUAAGAAAACUUUUUUUACAUUUGAUAAAUUUUGGAAAAUGACUAUCAGAAAUCUGAAAAUUCACAGUUUUUAUACUAAAAAUACUUAGAAUCCUCAAAAUAAUUUUUCAGAAUAUUGAUCCAAAUCAAAUUUGUCCGGCCGAACUUCAAUCAAUGUGGGGAAUGCAAGGUCCAAAUGGAAGUAAGUGUUUUGCAGUCUUCUUUAAACUAUGCCCAAUUUUUGCAGUUCGAUACGGUAUUCCUAUUCCCUCGUCAUUUGUUCAUCAAUCAAUGACUUCUUCAAUUUCAUCAAAUGAAUCUGGAAUAAGUGGAUUAACAACAAAAAGAGAUGAAAAUCAAAAUGAGCGAAAAAUGAGCACUGGAGGAUAUUUGCCAACAAAUUAUGAAGAACAAAUUGCUGAAAGAUUACGGUAUGAACAAGAAGAAUUGGAAAAAGAAAAAGAAGAAGAAAAAAUAAGAGAAGAACAAAGAAGAGAAUUGGAAGAAAGAAGGAAUUCAGAAGAAAUGAAAAGAAAGAAUUUGGAAAAUCAAAGGAUUUUAGAAGAAAGAAGAAGAUCAAAACAAUUUGAAGAAGCUAUGGAACAAGCAAAAAAAGAGGCGGAAUUGUUGAAAAAAGCGAAAUUAUUUAAACAUGUGCUGAAAGGAGCUGAAGAAACUGGAGAAUUAGAUGAAAUUGAGAAGAAAUUACUUGGAGUUGAUAUUGAUACGGGGAAAAGAUUGUUGAAAGAAGUAUCUGAAGUUGAGAGACAUAAAAAACAAGAUGAACAGGAAAUUCGGAAAAAUGGACCGGUUAAAGAUGAUAAUCAUGUUGUUAGAAGUCGAUCAAUGUCAAAUGUGAGUUGGAUUGAAAAUUUGGAGGGUUUCGGGAUUUCGUGGGGAAAUUUUCAUUCGUUUUUUUUUAUCUAAAAAAUAUUCUGAGAUCUUCGAAAUCCUGGAUUCUGCAUUUUUUCCAACAAAACUUGGUUUUUUUUUAAAUUCCUGGAACAUAUUUCAAUAUUAUUUUUGAGAAUCCUGGUAGAUAAAAAUUUUCCCUGAAAAUUCCCAGCUUCUUUUUUUGCUUCUUUUUUCACGCUUUCUGUGAUUGUGUUUUUCAAUUUAUUCAGGCUUCAUCAAUUCCAACAUCUCCAUUAUCUCGAAAUGGUUUUGGCCGAAGAUCUGUCAGAACAACAAGUCGAGAAAAACAAGAGGAACGAAAAAGGUUGGUUUUCUAAAAAACAUUAUUUUUGAUGUAGUGUUGAACUUUUUCAAAUUUAUUCAGCUCGCAGAAUUUCAAAACAUUUUUUGUUGUUACGAAAUUCGUAUAUAUUUUUUUAGUUUAUUUUUUAGUGCUCAUGUUGAAAAACAUCCCUUUUUUGCUCUUCGUAUAUUUUUUUUUCAAAAAAAGUGAAUUUUUCCCAUUUGCCUAAUAUAAAAUGCACAUUUUUGAAAAAUUACUUUUUCACUUUCUAGACAUUUUUGGCGGCGAAACCUUUUUGCACCCAAUUUGUCUGCGUUUCUCAAUUUCUUAUGCUCUCUCAUUUCAUCUCGCGCAUUCACCAACCCCAACUAGCAUAAAUUAAGCCUAAGCCAAUGCCGCCGCCAAAAUUUCUUUCCUCCUUAUUUUUUGGAGGGUGUAGUCGUUUUUCGUAUUACUAUUGGAAAUUUUGAAAAAAAUCCAUGUAUUCUUCCAGUAUUUUUGUGCCAAACACAGAAUACACUUGAUUUAAAAUGUAUAAUGAGUGUGUUUUUGCAUAAUCCCGAACCCGCUCCUCGAAAACAAAUAAAAUGUACUUUUAUGUAUUCAUAUGCAUAUGAGAUGAAAUAAAUAAUAGCUCCCAUUUUUAGUAGAGGAGAUAGAAUUUUUGAAUAUUUUUUUAUCCAAAAAUUUUUCAAGAGAUUUUACCCAGAACAUUAUUUUCGAAUUUUCAAAAAUUUGAAAAUUUCAAAUUUUAACCUUUGACGUUUCACAGAAUUCUAUUUAGAUUUAUGUUAGAUAUUUUUAAUUUUUGAAGUAAAAAAAAUGAUUCCUGAGUUUUUAAAACUAAAUUUCUCUUUAAAAAUAUUCCGCACACCGUACUAAAAGUACACUGAACAAUUUCUUCACGAAAAAUAUUUUUCCCAAUUUUUUUUCCAAAAAUAUUCCAUGCUGUACACAUUUUGGACAGUUGUAGUCCAGAUUUGAAAUAUUCUUAUUUUGUGAUGGUGUCACAUGUUUUGGACUUUACCACACCUGGACUAUUGCUGUCCAAAAAUAUUAUUUUUUGUGUGGUAUGACAUUUUGUUUUACAGAAAAUAAAUUAAAACUUAACUUCUAUGAAUUAUUUUGUUUUUAUUUUUUUCUCUAUUUCAUAUUUAAAAAUCCCCCUUUUUCUAGGAUCCAAGACGAAAAUCAUCGACAUCUUCCUCCGCAUCAUCAUCAAUCCACUUCGCCCCUUUCUUCUCCAACAAAAUCCGAUCCGGAAAAUCCAAAUUAUAAUUCUAAUAAUAAUAAUUCAAUGAUGAAAUCAACAGUUUAUUAUCGUCCAACCGCUUUGCCUUCUUCGCUUCAUCAGAAAAAUGAGGAAAUCGGGGAAGACUUGAAAAGUCGCAUGUUUUUGAGAUCUACUUCGAACUUGGUGCGUUUUUUUUGAGAAUCUUAAAAUUUACUCAACUUUCAUUCAAGACGAAAACCAGAACCAAUUUUAGUAAAGUUAAAUAUUUGAUUUUCCCAGAAAUUUAUUCACAAGUGCGUAAAUAAAUAAAAUAUUACAAAAUUUCUUUAUCGAAGAAAAAAAUGAGAAAAUUACCUAAAAACAUUGCUAAACCUUAACUUAAGAAGAUUAAGUGUUUUAGGGUUAUUUUUAUCGAAAAUUGUAUUUUUUCAGACACCAUCAUCAUUUAAUUCACCGGCGAGACGGAAAAAUAGCGAUGAAUUAACGGUGAGUUAGGGACAUUACCUUACAAGGAAAGGUUUUCAAUGUUCCCCCAAGGAAAAAAUCGAAAGUAUGUGUAAUGUUGAGGGUUCCCAUGGGUAAGAAAACCCCUAACGGGAAUAAGGAGAAAAAUGCCUUGUUUUAGAAAAUUUUGGUGUUAUUGAUUUUUGCGAUGAAAUUUUUUAGAAAAAUCGAAACUUUUUUCAAAAUUGAUGAAAAAUGUCAGUCUAAAAAUCCAUUUGUAGCGCAAACGGCGUACAUUAGUAUUACUUCGACUAAAAUCAGGAAUAAAAUAAUUUUGGUCCCAAAAGUCCACUAAAUCAAAUUUCUAGUUUGAAAAAUUCAUAGAAAAUCAACGUUUUCGUUGUGAAGGAGAAGUUUGUGUGAAUCGAGACUAUGAUUUUCGGAUUCUACGGACCAAAUUACGUCUGUUGACCGUCAUAAAUUUUUCAAGUUCCGUUCAUUUGAAAAUGAAAAAAAUUAUUUUUUGUGUUUUUUGGUGACCAUUUGAUCAGAAAAACCCCGACUGAAAAAACCAAAUUUCAAAAAAUGUCUAAUUUUUUGAUAAAAAGUUUCACAAACACGUAAUCGACCAUUCUGAACAAUUUCCACGACUCAAAAGUUCAUGAAAUAGAUUCAAAAUCGAGUUACAGAUGCUCUAAAAAUCAAAAAAUGGUGUAAAAAUCGACCUAAAAUACAUUUUUUCUCGAGAAUAAGGCAUUUUACUCCUUAUUCCCGUUAGGGUUUUUCUUACCCACGGGAACCCUCAACAUUCCACAUACUCUCGAUUUUUUCCUUGGGGGAACAUUGAAAACCAUUCCUUGUUAGUCGAUGUGAGUUAGGCUAACUUAUGUCAAAAAAAUGAUGUAAUUUGAUAUGUUACUAUUAUUGUUAUUAUUAUUUGUUUUAUACUUUGAGCAAACAAAAAAUCUCAUUUUUUCUCUUUUUCGCCUCUAAAAAUUUUCCGGUUUAGGGCGUUUCUUUUUUUUUCUACAAAAAAUGAGAAAUUCUGGGCCGAUUCGAUGAUAAUAGUAUUAUCAUAAUUUAUUAUAGGGAGGUCGCGGAGCGGCCAAAAAAAUAUCACAAAUUUCUCUGCGUCUCUUUUGACAGCUGGAAGAUUCUUCUUUUUUUAUACUUCAUUUCAUUUCAUUUUUUUUUUCUGUUCUUAGAUACCACCAGAUGUGUGUUGAUACCAGAGAAAAUAAUAAAAAAUGUGUUGCGAAACGAAGAUAGAAAAAAGCACAACACAUUUUUUUAGUUUUAUUAUCGUCCCUUUUUUCCGCCCGAUAACCCCACACUUUAUGACGUUUAGACGCAUUUUUUCGAUAAAAAACUGUGCAAAAAUAAUUAUUUUUGCUUCAGUUUGUUUGAAAUUACUGUUUUCCCGCGUGUGGGUCUCGUGACGAUGGGUUACUGUAGCAAUUGUUUUGUAGUUCUCGGGGAAGAUUUUUCAAAAUUUUUGUUUUUGGGCGGGCUCUAGGGCGUUUCUUCGUUUUGUGGUGUAAUUUUGGGCUUCUGGAGUUGAAAAUCGUCUUUAAGUACUUAAGAAGAACUUCUGGCUUCUGGUUAAAAGUGGUUCUUUCGCAAUUUUCUCCAGUUAAACUCGAUUUUUACCUGAUUGGACAAUUUUUGAUUUUGAACCUGUACAUGAGUUGUCAACUGUCAAAAUCAUAAUUUUCGUCUCAAUUAAUGUUUUAGUGAUUGCUUCUGAUAAAAAUAAGUUUUUUCAGCGUCAAUUAAUGUUAUCUUUACCGAGAAAUACAAAAUAUUUAUUUUUCACACACGUUCAUUCAAUUUUCUUCGAGGCAAAGAUCGUUGCUCAAAAAUCACAGUUUUAUUCUUUUCUCGAAAAACUAUUGAUUUUCUACAGAAUUUAUGUUCUUGAUAUUUUUCUUCCCGCAAAAAACCAUAAAUUCAUAUUUCCUUUGGGCGUUUCUCUAAUUUUCUAGUAUCUAGUACUAAUCUUGUAAUAAAUACGUUUUUUUUCUAAAUGACAGCUGUUCCGUUUUUCUUUGACGGCGUUUUUUUCGACGAAUUUCCAGUUUAUAUUCCAUCUGGAAAAUGAGAUUUUGGGCGAAAAUGGGAAUUUUUUGGUAUGAAACCUGCCCACAAACAGGAAUGAUUCAUCAUUUUCGUCCCUUUUGUGUGUGUGUUUUUUCUAUCAUUUUUCCCAAAGAAAACUUGUUUUUCUCUACUUUUUUUCACACUACUCUUUUUUCUUUACUUUACUAUUUAUUUAUUAUCAUCCGAUAAUCAUUUUUAUUUGCAGCAAAGUGCGUUGUUUGGUCAAAUUCCAACACGUUUGAGUACUCGAAGAAGCAUGCGCGCUCCAAUGCAAAUUCAAUCACCAAAAGCUGGUUUCAGCAGAAAUGCGUUCAAUAAUGGAGAAAGAUCGACAGAUGAAGAAGGUGGAAGUAUUUCACCGGAAUUUGAGAUAAAUCACAAUGAUUCGAGAUUGACCAGUGAGAAUACACAUCCAAGUCCAGAUUGUGAAAUUAAGGAGUUCAAGGUGAGAUAUUUUUGGAAGGGAUAAUUCAAACUUUUUAUGAGAUCUAAAAAAUUUCGAAGAUAUAAUUUUUUUCAAAGCCACCUGGUAGAACAUAUUCGAUAAAACUUUAGUAUUUUCAUCUGUCGUUUCUUUCAAAUUUUUAGAAUUUUCGAAUUUGCUUGUAAAUGGCGUUUGCGAAGAUUGAUGAAUAAUAGCUAACCAUAAAAGCUUCACUGAAAAAUCGUAUAAAAUUCUUUUCCCCUGUAAACUAUCAUAAAUUUUUCGUUAUUCUAACCUUUAUUUUUUCAGUUCCGAACUCGUUCUGCUCUUGGUUCACCUUCAUCAUACCUUAAUGGUGGUUCUUCAUUAAUGAGUUCUCGAUGUGCAUCUCCAGCUGGUGGAAGUAGUCGAUUUCUACAAAAAUUGGAAGAAAAAGGAGCAAUCAAACGAGACGAAGAUUGUCUUUCACCAAGUGCGCGAAGAGUUGCUGAAGAAAAUUUGAGAAGAAGUCCAUCGAUUGCAUCAUUGAGUCAAUCAUUUCAAAAUUUGUCGAAUUUGAGAGGAUCGAUGUUGAAUUUAUCGUCAAAUGGAGAACAUUCACCGAAUUUGAGCAAAUUGAAUAGCAUGGUGAGUGAGGGUUUGGGAACAGAGGUUUUAAAGUUUUCUCAAAAAAUCGGACUAGUAAAUAGGUUUUCUAGUUUCUAGCUUGAGUUCAAAGUUUCCAGAUUUUUUUUGAACAAAGUUUUGAUCAUUGUUUACUUUGAAAACAACAACUGUUGACAACAAAACAAAAUCUAAAAUACAUUUUUUUCAAAACAAUAAAUAAUCUUCAAAUUUUCGCAGAAUUCACCAGCAUGUCAAUCUCUUCGUGUUCGAAUGCAAAAAACAUCAGAUCGUCAAGUAGCAGUUCUCGAUCGCCUCAGUCGACUUCGCGAAUCUCUAAACGCUGGAAAAGCUCUUUCACCAGCCACAAGCCGAGUUGCACCAAUCACAAGAUCGUCGCCUCUCAAAAAUGUGCCAAAAAAUGAUGAAAAAUGA